GGAUAAUUCACUUUGAACAUGCGCAGAGGCCUCUGCCUAUUUACAGCUGACCUCUAAAAUCUAAAAGAGGUAAUGGAGUUUUUCCGUAGGGGCUUUGGCUGAAAUUAAGCCCUGAAGGCACUUUAGUAAAAGCUUUAAUUAGAUGGAGUACACUUCUAGCUGUGUACUGCAGCAUCCAAAACCCACAGCAAAAUCCAGUUGUGGGUUUUAGAAGCUGCACAGGGGAGACUUUGUUCCUAUCACUUUGAAGCGGGAGUGAGAUUUGUGCUUGAUAACAGCAGCCUAAGGUAUUUCACACUUGAACCCAUUGGAUAAGGCACAUUUCACAAGGAGAAAAAUGCUGCCUUUGAAGCAAAAAUGUUUGCUGUUGUUCCCCAACAGUUUACUCAGUAUGUGGCAAGUGGAACAUUUAAAGAGAGCAAAAAUACUGCAGAGCAAGUUACAACUCAGCAUACUGUUCUACUCUUGCCACACAUUUCUAGUAUCUAGAAAUAAAUUAUCCAAGCUGAGCCAGGCUUCCAUCUAACAGCACUAUAUAUUUGUUAAAUUUUGUCAUAUGCAUGUGGACUCUGAAAAGCAGCUUUGUCGCAUUACCUGGGAAUGGUGUUUUUCUUUUGCAGUAAUAUUUUAGGCCCUCGUUACACUGGGAAGCACCAAAGGUGAUUUACAGACAUGCCAUAAAACAGCUAAAAAUAGUUUUAAGAACGGUACAAAAAACAAUGGAUGAAACCAAUGGGGGUUUGGUUGAUCAUAAGAUCCCAGCAACAAACAGCGAGUUGCCUUUCUUUCCCAGCUGAGUCACUGCUGCAACUACAUACCCCCCCCCCCGCUUCUUUUUGCACAGAUAAGUUAGUGGAAACUUCAGGAGAAAGGUGGGCCCACCCUCACAGUCUUGUUCUGUUGUGAUUUCAUUUCCCAAUCAAUGGCUGUGUGCACAUUGCCAUCUACUCUGGCUCCAGGGCGGUCCCACUGAUGGCCUUUCAAUCCGUGUACACAGAACGUUACACACUAUGCAGAACUCUAUUGUGGUUUGUUGAGACUCAUCUACACUUGCGUUUGCCCCGUGAUUUCCAGGCAAAGGUCUGAGAGGUUUUUCAUUUGUCCUGCUGCUAUCCCUGGGAAAACCCGUUGAAAAAUCUCUUGAACCUGUGCCUGGAAAUCAUGGGACAAGCAGAAGUGUGGGGGAGCCUUUAAUCCACAUUCCCCUUGCAGCUAAACUGAGGCGUGUACAUUUGAGGCAGCCAUUGUGCAGAUGACCGCUUCAUGAAAAUGAAUUGGAGAGUGGUGGUUUGGAGGGGCAAGGAAACUGAACUGAUAAUGUGCAUUGGGUGAAAACAUCCCCACCAUGUCUCUGGUGUGUACAGCCAUGUGCAAAUGUGACUUGAAACACAGCAGAGGAAAACAACCUUGCUGCAUUUUGAUAUAGACAUAGGACAUACAGCGGCAAAUAAAACGUUUUAAAUGUGUUGUAAAGUGCAAUAUACAAAUUUGGCACUAGAUGGCGACAGUGAGCUAUGCAAAAUUCAAUGUAUUUUUCAAAAUUUUCUUAAGCAUUUCCACUUUUUUAUAUAUGUGUAUAAAAUCACAGAAUCGUAGAGCUGGCAGGGUUCAUGAUGGUCAUCUAGUCCAGGAGAACACUGAGAUGAGUAUCCACAUUUUACUCUGGUGUAGAUAAGCCCAAAUAAGAUACAGGAAUAAUGGCUACUAGACUACGCUACUGGAUUUAGGGACCUAGUUUCCUCUUUAUAACUUGUCUUUGCUUUCCCCACUUUCAGCCUGUGCCAAAAGCUAGCCUUUUUUUCUCACACACGAAACAAUUUUACUUCUGCAACAAUUCUCUUUUCUGACCUUGCUCCUUUCAGUUUUUGCUGCCUCUGAUGUUGUUGCUCUAUGUCUCAUCAUUAAAACAAAACAAAAAAAGAAACAGAUUAACAAAAUGCCUACAGUCACUUGGCUUCUUUCCAAUAGCUCAGAGUUAAGUCUUAUAAAUAAAUGCUGAGGCAAAUAUUUCUGAUAUCUAAAAUAAGAAUAUGGGAGGGGUUUAUAGCUGUGCCUGUUCAUGUGUGGUUUGGCUUUCACAGGUUUCUCUUGCUGGAGACUCAGAUGUGUGUUCACACACACACACACACACUUUAUAUCUUGCUAUCAUUACUAUCUCCUGCAUUGUUUUCGAAUGUUCUCAAUUCUUUCUCCUCAGACAUUUCUCUAUUAAGAGUUUUAUUGCAAUUAUAAUUCACUCUUGCUCAAAAUCUCCCAAGGAGCAUCUGUGUGAACUUUGAAAGCGCUUUUGUAAACGAUCAAGUGGUAUAUAAAUUUUAUCAAAUAAAAUAAAUAAAUAAAUAGUCCUUUCAAUGAUUAUGCAGAUAGAUAAAUUAUAGAUGAGAACAGAUAAAUAGGGUUGUAUUAGGUUUAUGAGAUUGAACUGUGAACCAGGGACACAUUCUCUCAGCCUCAAUCCCCCAUCUGAAAGAGGUGAUAAUAACACAUCUAUAAGCAUUUAGUAUGGUCCAGUUAUUGGGUGGAACAGAAUUAUGGAUUUUAUGUGAAACAUGAGCCCAGGACUACCCCAAAAUGUUGGGGAGACUGACAAAAAUAUAAUUGGUCUUCAACCACCAACCCAAUAUGGCUCCACUUCAGGAACCAACAGGGUUCGGUGAGGAUUAAAUAACCACAUAACAAACGUGUGAAAGUGGCAAUCAGUUGGUGAGUAGGUGGAGUUAACUGGUCUGCAUAAAUUGGGAGGAAAAGUCUUCACACAUGUCUCUACCUUGUAUUACUAAAUGUAUAUUGUACAAUAAUGGCUCUGGGAUAACUCAGUGCGUGAUUUUCUGUGACCAUUUGAAAGCAUAUUUUGAGUUGCGGCCUGCCUUGUCCUUAUUACCUCCUGCAAAUGUAGCACCUCCCAUCUGAGCUGCCAUUCUGACCCAGCUCUUUUGUACUCCCUCAUCCCUUUCGGGAGAUCAGGCCCCUUUGAUAUGCACAGCCUGGUUGUGAAAAAACUGGACCACUAUGGAUGAGGCACCAGCUCCAUGGAAGCUGAGGGAUUUGACACACUCAGGACAUGCUGAGCUGCAAUUGUCCAUUCCAAACACUUCCCCACCCGUCCUUUUGUCCUCUUCAUGCCAGAUGAAGCACCUGCUGUGAGCUCCAUUUAGUGUCUAAGUUCCAAAAAUUUCCAUGGCCCCUCCUGACACAUCGAAAUCCAAGAACAAAGGACAAGCGCAUUUUCUGAGCCUCUCUUUCAGCUUCCUCCUCCUCCCCCAAGAACUGGUGUCCUAGACCCUUGGAGCCGGGCACAGAACUGAAACGUUUACAUAUUUUACAACACAACACCCUUCCCCCUGCUUGCCCAUCUCUGUCACCAAAGGACACACCAUAAGGCAGGGCUAAAGCAUCCGAUCUUCUUCUCGCAUUGAGAGCACCACUGGAACCUUUAUCUCUUUCAAUUUGUCUACUGGUCAGACCAGCAAAACGUUCACAUAAACCAACUUACGUUUCAUUACAUUUCAAAAAAACGGAACGGUCUUAGAAUGUACAAUAGGAAUUAUUUUUAAAUUUAUUGUUUUAUACAUUAAAUAUGUUACAAGGGAUGCCUGAGUUCUGAUUAGUGUCAGAGGCGGAUUCAGCUACUUGGAUAAUAAUUUUUUUAAAAUAUAUUGGUGAGCUUUGGGGCAGAAAAGUGGCCUAUAUAUAUAUGUACUAAUGUAUAUGUAAAUGAACUGCAGGGGUUUACAUAUUCAAAGGGAGAAUGGCCAUUGCUUCUUUUGAUCCAGUAUGUUUUUGUGCAACCUGAGAUUUUUUUUCACUGGGCACAAGCUACAUUGCUUCCUGAAUCACCAACAGGAGCAUAACAUUUUGCAGCUGGGACCUCUAAAAGGCCAUUCAAAAGCAGUAUAUAUUUUUCCAUUCCCCCCACCCUUUUCUGUUUUAGGAUCAUGUCUGAGGAAGAGUAGUCAUGAAGCUCUAAAAGCAGUGUUUCCCAAACUUGGGUCUCCCACUGUUUUUGGACUACAGUUCCCAUCAUCCCUGACCACUGGUCUUGCUAGCUAGGGAUGAUGGGAGUUGUAGUCCAAAAACAGCUGGAGACCCAUGUUUGGGAACUACUACUCUAAAUCAGGGGUAAGGAACCUGCAGCCAUAGAACUGUAGAGCUGGAAGGCAUCCCAAGGGUCAUCUUGUCCAACUCCCUUCAGUGGAGGAAUCCUGCCCACAGCCAUCCCUGGGUGGUGUCGUCGAACCACCAACCUUCUGGUUAACAGCCAGAUAUACUAACCCAUCCAGCUGUUGUUGGGCUCCAGCUUCCAUCAGCUCCAAGCAGCGUAGCCAAUGGUUUAGGUUUAGGUUGAUGGGAGUUGUAACCCCAAAAUAUCUGGACUUGCCCCUAAUAAAGAUAUAUGAUACUGCUCCUCGGGUGGAUUCCACUUAUGCUGCAACAAGCUCACAGGUGGUAUGCAUGGGGGUUUUAUAUUAAAUAAAUGACCGAGCAUAAGGUAGGUAUAAUGGGGGGAGGUCUGCCUGGCGUUUCUGCAGAAGUUAACAGGGUGUGGGGGCAUACUCGUUUUUAUCUGUAAGCUGCCUUGAGUUUCAUCAGGGGGAAAGUAUGAAUACCGGUAAAUACAUAAUAGUAAAAUAAAUAAUAAUAAUAAAUCUUAAAAUUGUUUUUAUUGAAAUAUAUCAGUGGAUAACAAAGGUAUAUAUAACGUCUCUGUUUUCAGUUCAUAGAUUCCUAUCUGUAGGUAAGUUACAUUUGGUGUGAGACAUUGCUAUCAGAGGUAUUGCGAAGUUGGGUGGGGGUGGGGGGAGAGGUGGGAAAAGAGAGGUAGGAGAAAGAAGGGAGUAGUGGUCUUUCCUUUUUUUCAUAGUGUAUGUGGCGGAGUUUUGUGUCAGCGUCACGUGGCUAGGUUCUUCAUCUAUUAGUUUUCAUCGGCAAUGAGAGAGAUUGGGGAGCCCAAGCAUGGUUGGUUGAAUUCAGUUGGUUUUGUUUGUGUGUGCGAGGGGGUUGUUGAGUCAAAUUAACCAUAUCAAUUUGAAUAAUAAUUUUGAUCCACUGGGUGAUUUGAAACAGAUCAGCAAGGAUUUCUAACUUUAUAAUUGCUGAGCAACAACAAAAUGGCUCCCCUCCCUUGCACGGUGGGGGGUGAGGAGGUGAGAGCGGAUAUACAUCUGGAAUGAUAGUUCAGUUCUUGCACUCAAAAGAACAUUCUGGGUUCAGAAUUCUUUACAUUUAAAUACAUGUCUUCUGCACCUGGGUCGCAGGGUGAGUAUCAGGGUUUCAGGGGGAAAGAAACCAUAAAGUAGAUCUUGCAAGUCUGAAGCCUUGCCAGUCCCUGAAUUUUAUCCCAAAAGAGCUCAAUGAAGCUGGCAUUUGGGAAACCCAAGUCUCCCCAGUCUGGGACUCAUCACCCUGGUUAUCCUUCAUAUGUUGUUGGACUCCAAUGCCCAUCAACCCCAGCCAGGAUGACCAGUGGUCAGGUAUGAUGGAGGGUGUCAGUUCGAGGAAGAGUCUGCUACAUCCCAAUGUCUUCUGAUGAAAAGUCUGCUACAUCACAACGGCUCGCAUUGUGUUUGCAGGGCUGUUACCUUCCCACAGAGGGACAGAACUUAACCAAGUCUGAGGCAGUUGACUCCAUUCCAAGAGUGUUCCCUAUGUAGACAGGACAACUGUUUUCUGCACAGGAAGUUGAUAUGAGUUGGGUUUCUUGUUGGGUUUUGUCAUGUUGAAUUAGCCUUGUGAAUACUAGAUUCUGAUUUGCCUCCAUCCAGUGGCGUAGCGUGGGGGGUGCAGGGGGGGCUGGCCGCACCGGGCGCAACAUCUGGGGGUUAGGCUUAGGGGGUGCAAAUCCAUGGGUUAGGGGACACAAAUUACUUGCCUUGCCCCGGGUGCUGACAACCCACGCUACGCCACUGCCUCCAUCUGCCAAAAAUUGGUAACUUUGUCGAGAGGUAAUCUUGGAUAACGUACUGGAGCAUUCAGAAGACUAGCUCAAUAUGCUAUAUAUAUAUAUAUAUAUAUAUGACAAAAGGAACAUUUCCAUAACUACACAGUAUCAGAACAUGGCUGCAUAAGCUCACGGUUUGGAUGAUAUCGUAUGUCUCUUUCACACAGCAUAGUUGCUAUUUUUCUUCUCUAUGUGGCGCUGCCACCAUGUAGAAAAGUACAUUAUAGCACACUGAGGAAAACGCAAGCACUAAAAUUGCUGAAAAUAUAUAGAUUUUCAAAUUGAGUGACAAAAAGAAUGGAUGUGUGUAGGAGUACGGUGGGUAGGAGUUAUGUGGCUGUCUAUAUGUAGACAAUAACACAAAGGAUGCCUCUUAGACAAUAGCUAACGAAACUAGCAGUCAUGCUGUACAGAGAAAUUGCGGCAGCAAUGGAUACACUACCUGUGGAGAAAAACCUCAUUUUUCCACCGACAAAACACUAGCUUGAGUACUUAAAUAAUGCAAUAUCGCUGCAGAGGAAGCACAUUUCAGAAGGCAUUUUAAUUGCUUGCAAGUUAAAUGGAUAAGAACUGUGUGUUUAUUGCACUGAAACGAAUUGUCUAGAACUAAAUGCUGAAAAAUGCAUUUAUUGUUCUUCACCUAUUCAGUGUCCUUGCUCAUUUAUACCCCACCUUUUUCUCAAAGGAGCUCAAAGCAAUGUAUAUGCUCAUUUUAUCAUCACAACAACGUGGGAGGUAGGUUAGGUUGAGAGAGUGCCAAGCGCAAAGUCAACCACCAACAAGCUUAAUGGAUGAGUGGUGAUUUCAGCUUAAGUCUUCCCAGUCCUCGUCAAGCAUUCCCAUCUCAAUAUACCACUCUGGAUCUCCAGUUAGUGCUGCACAUCUUGUUGAGCAAGGGGUCUGUGUGUUUGGCUGUUAACCAGAAGAUUGGUGGGUUCCUGCAUUGCAGGGGGUUGGACUAGAUGCCCCUCAGAGUCCCUUGAAUUCUACAGUUCUAUGAUUCUAUGAAGAGAUUUCAGAAGUGGGAUAGGGCGGAUGCAUUAUGCUUUGGUUCAUUUGUCCCUAGAAAACACAAAAGUACCACUGUCUUUCAACUAGUGGACUUGUUUCUCAAGAUUUCUCUGUCUUCCGAGUAGAUUGUUUUGUAUGCAGUGAUAUACACAGGGACCACGAGGAUCUAACUUCCUGUAAUGCAGGAAGGGGCUUGAUGUGGGGCUUGAACCCACAACAAUGAGAUUAAGAGUCUCAUGCUCUACCACCUAAACUAUCCCUACGGCAUAGGUUUUUCUAGGGGAGCUCAUUUCAUCAGCUUCGUCCAGUAAAAUAUUCUAUUAGUCCAUGUUCUAAGAAAAAAACUGCUCUUUUCCCCUUAUGGGGUACCCAAGAGCCCAUAUAGAGUAGUCUUUUUAGGUUCUCUAUCGGUAGGAGAAAAUAACAGAGGCCAACCAGAUAAUAUUGAGAAGCAAGGCAGCUAGGUCACACCCUGUUCAUAUCUUGAAUGUGCCCUUAAGACAGGAUUUGUGAGGAAAGAGACAAUGGGGAGGUUUCCCACUUUGACAUUAAAAUUCUUAUAACAGUCCAGCAAACAGAACAAUCUGUUAUCAUUUUGGAACCCAUCUGAAAAAUUCGUGCCCUGCCCUUUGAACAGUGGGAGAUGUGAAGGGAGUGCGUUCCCAGGUUUCCACAGCAUUUUUGGAUGGAGCUGCUGAUAGCACAGGAAAGGCAAAGUGGGGAAAGAAGUGCCCAACCCCAUGAGGAGCUGUGAUCCUGCUGAGUCCUCUCAGCUUUUAUGGGCAUAUAGGAGGGCAAAACAGCUGGAGCAAUUCAGAGGGGAAACACUUUGAUCUUGACUUUGAAUCUCUGACAAUUCCCAGCAAUGGUUCUUGCCUCUCACAUGCCACAAGGAUUUUGCCAAUGCUUAGUCAAAGAAAAAAUUAAGAUUCCACUUGAGCAUGGAAGUGUUGCUGUUGCCAUCUUGUUUGGUUGCUGAUUCUGCAUCAUUCAUCUGCUCCCAUUUAUGGUUUCUGUUUACAUUCUGCUAGUUUUUAUUUUGCCUUGCAUGGUAGGGUGGGUUAACAUAUUUUAAAUAAAACAAAUAAAUAUUUUACUUACUUUUAAAUUUAUAUUCCACUUUUCUUCCAAAACAGGAACCCCAAACAAUGUCAUGCAAGAGUUCCGGUAAUGUACAUUAUUCCUGCAUUGGCAUUAGUGGUGCAGUGGUGAAAUUUGAAGUGCAGGAGCUCAUUGUUCCUGCACUGCAGGGGUUGAACUAGAUGACCCUUGGAGUCCCAUCCAACUCUACAAUAGCAUGAAAAUCGCCAUGACAGUCCAAAACUGAAGGCAGCUGUGUUGAUCAAUUAUACAAUAUUGUGAUGAACUGUUACCACUUUUAAAAUGUGGUAAGAAUCUCAUCACAGAAAAGGGAAAACGUUUCUUUCUUUGAUUAGCUUUCUCAUUCUCAGACUGCAGUGUGUCCAGACUAUAGCUAUUUUGGGGUGGGAUUCAAUCACAUACCAACAAUUUCAGGGGGCACAAUUAUAGCUGAUUGGCAGCUCUUGUGCAACAAACCUGCUUCCCCAAAAGAUUAGACGUAUUGCGAAAAAUGAGUGCUCAGUAAAUAGCUAAUGUCAUCUUAUCUCCCUGCAAACAAAUCAGGAUGAAUAAACAGGUUGUCUGGAAGCACCUUUCCUCUCUGUCCAACCUUUUUGAGCCCAGGAGCACAUCUGGAAAGUUAUUGUGGGCACUACAAGAUACCCAUUUCACAGUAGAAAAAACUGAUGUUCAGAACUUUCACACCCUGAAACCAGGCAAGGCACUUACACUCCCAAUAAAAAAUUGCUUUCCCCAUGGGAAGAGCACCUUAUUUUUUUAAAACAUAAGUAAUGCUAAAUAUGUGCUUUUUAUUAUUUUUACAUUGUUAAUUGUGCAAGAGUGUGCAAAAUCUGAAGGGAGGAAGGAAAAAUGUUUUAAAAGAUGACUUUGUUUAAUAUUAUCAAAGUGAUGCACAAAUUGAACAAGGAAUAGGCUCUAGAAUCUGUUUGAUGUUUAUGUUGGUGUGUGCACAAUCAGAUUUUAAAAAAAACAAUUUCAGAAAAUAUAAGAACCCAUUCUAAAAGUGGAGCAGGAGGAAGGGGUGGGGGUGGGGGUGGGGAGAGGAGGACUUGUGAAAUGUUUACUAGUGUUUGGUACCUGUGCUGUGGGGAACGAAACCUGGGGAUUAGAGCUAAUAUCAGUAAGAUGUUAUCAGAUGCAAAUGUAAAUAUACUAGAGGCUUUCAUAGAAUAAAAUAUUAUUGAAAAUCAGCAUUUCACUUUCAAACAGUUCUCUGCAGUGCGAGGACUAGUACCGUAAUUUACCCCACUUUAAAAAUAAGCAAUUGGAUCCUUAAAAAGUGCUUUGAAGGCUGUAAAAUCAAUCCUUUUUUUACUGUAAAAAUGAGUUUUUGCUCCUUUGUUCCGCCUUGCUGUUUUCCUUGGGAUAUCUGAUUUCCCAACUCACGCUGUCUUUAUUCUAAAAUUCAGUCACUGGUUAUUGUUGCUUUUUGUUUCUUUGUUAAACUCCAUGAACUGUAUGUUGCUCACUCGUAAUAAAUUCUCCUAGCCGCUUUAAAGAUUUACGCCUUCCAGAAAUUCUCUUUUCCUUCCCUUUCACUCAUCAUUUAGACACAGAUAGGCUGAAUAAACUAAUUCAAUCUUUUGCUAUAAAUCACUCACAUCAGCAUUUCAGCAGCUUUGUCCAGACUUUGAACCCUCUGAUUUGUCAAUAUCUGCUCAGGUAACAAAGGGCUGGAAGUAAACAAAAUAGCUGUUCAGAGAGGCUCCUUCGCCUUUCUUGAAUCUGGUGUCAUAAUGUCCUAUUAUAGUUUUGUGUCGUGACAUUGUGCAAAUUAGUAUGCUGCAAAAGUCACUAUUCAAUCAAUUCCUCCCCUCCCGUCUCUCUAACACCCACACCAUACAAUUAAAGCACAUGGCUCCCCCAAAAGACUAUUGGGAACUGUUUACCCCUCACCGAGCUACAGUUCCAAGCAACUUUAACAAAUUGGCAUUCCCAGGAUUAUUGGGGGGGGGGAAGGCAUGACCUUUAAAAGUCCUUUAAAUGUAUGUUGUGGACGUGAACUAUCCUUUUUAUUCCACUUAAAUGCUCAGUUCUGCAAGAUGCUGAUGCCCCACCUCUUACAGGAUUAGGGGGCACAUUUAAAGCACAUUAAAGCAUGCAGGAUUCGCACUCCCCUCCUGAGAACUGUUGCUUACCCCUCAAAGAGCUACAAUUCCCAGCAAUCUUAAACUAUACAUCCUAUGAUUCUUUGGGAGGGAAAAUGCACUUUAAAUGUAUGGUGUGUACUUACGGUAGCCUAGAUCAAGCUGAAUAUAAAAGCUUAUAUGACUCCUUAUGAAACACACAUUAUUUUUGUCCUAUAAUCACAGUUGGGUUUCCCCCCUUUCUUUUAACGUAAUAAUCUAGUGCCUCAUUGGUUCCAGAGUUCUGCACAUUAUUACAUGUGCAUUACCAGCUCGUAAUGCGAUGGCAUAAAAACAUCAAACCACACGGACAACACUUUUUUUAAAAAAAACAAAAACCCUGUUGUUAUUAAAAGAUUUUCAUGGAUAACAAAGGUACAUAUAACGUCUCUGUUUUCAGUUCAUAGAGUCCUUUCUAUGUGUCAGUAACAUUUGAUGUGAGACAUUGCUGUCCUAUGCAUGGUGGUGAGGUUGGGGGGAGAGAGAAGUGGGGGGAGAGAGGAGAGAGAAAGAAAAUGUGGGGUGGGGGAUAGUAGCCCUACAUAGGCAACUCCUUUGUUAAUGGUGUUGUCUUAAAUGAUUGCUCUGUACAUCAGAUCUACUAUUGCCCUUCUAAUCAAAAUAUUAUUGGGAAAUUUUGAAGAACAUACGUUGCUUUCUCAUUUUGAAUUUGCAAUGACUAAAUCUUUAUUGGGAUACAUUUUAACACAUAAACAACAAUGAAAACAUACUGACCACACAACUGCAAGGUCGAAAAGGACAACACACUGUUACAAUUUCACGGACUGCAAAAGAUAGACUAUGAAAAAAAAUCCAUCCAAGAAGAACUACUGGAGGGACUUUGUUCAUGCCCAGGGGUUGACUCAUCAAAUGAAGGAAUUCCCUCAAUGAAUUCUGGGCACUCUAGUUUAUCUUUUACAGGGUUAAAAUUCCUAGCAAAUCUUAACAGACCACAGUUCCCAGAAUUAUUUGAGGGAAAGCAUGUGAUUCAAACGUGCCUUCAAGAUAUAGCGUGAAUACAGCCGAGAUGAGAUUCCUGCAUUGCAAGGGGUUGGACUAGAUGACCCUCGGGAUCCCUUCCAACUGUUCUACAAUUUUAUGACAAGUGACUCUGAGGGAAGGGUGAGUGCGUUGGUCUAACUGCAGAAAAUUGCUAAGCAUGUUCUCUUGAGUCAUCUCGAGGAUAUUUGCUUUGCAAACAGCUCUCUGCAGCAUAAAUGAGCCCCACAUUGCAGGCUGGGUGUGUGUGGGGGGGUUUGGAUCUUUAUGGGACUGACAGAAAAAUAAUCUGCCUCACGUCAGAUGCAGUUUACUAUUUCAUGCCAGAUAACUGAUUCUGUGAACACUUAAUUUUCACUCCAUACUGUAUUGUGUCACUUCCCACAUCAGAAAAAUCUUUACCGGCUAAGACAGAAAUGGGUUGAAUGUCCUUUAGCACUGAAUAUGUACAGUUUAUCUUAUCAUCCCAUCUGUACUGCUGUGUUCUAGUAAUGUUUUCUAGAGUGUGGUUUAAAUAGGUCAGGUAUUUAUCUAUUUUUUAAAUCUUGCCUUUCCUGAAGAUGGCUCGGUGCUACAUACAAUCAGGGGUGCCCAAACUUUUUUCAAAGAGGGCCAUAUUUGAUGAAGUGAACAUGCUUUUUUUAGGAUUGGAGUUUUGUGCUUUUAGGAUUUUACCCCAGGACAUAUAUUGCCACAGGGGCUGGAUUAAAUCGACUGACAGGCUGGAUUAGGCCCCCAAAAUGGACUUUGGACAUGCCUGUAUGGUGCUCCCUUUCACAACAAAUUUAAGGUGAAAAACAGUGGCCAGCCUAAGUAAGUUUCACAGCUGAGUAGGGAUUUGAAUUUAGGCCUCACUGAUCUUAGUCAUACACUAUAAAAUCCUGUAUCCCACUGAAUCUACUAGGUCUUUCUAAUGUAUGCGUAGGCAACCUAAGGCCUGGGGCUGGACCUGGCCCAAUUGCCUUAUAAAUCCGGCGCGCAGAUGGUCCAGGAAUCAGCAUGUUUUUACAUGAGUAGAAUGUGCCCUUUUAUUUAAAAUGCAUCUCUGGGUUAUUUGUGGGACAUAGGAAUUUGUUCAUUAUUAUUAUUUUUCAAAAUAUAGUCUGGCCCUCCACAAGGUCUGAGGGACAGUGUACCGGCCCCUUGCUGAAAAAGUUUGCUGACCCCUGUUCUAAUGCCUCCAUUGAGUUAUUGCCCCAAAUCACACUAAUACAGCAACUUACAUACACAUGACUGUAUACAAUAAUUCCUGUCUGCUCUGUUGUGGACUAAAUAGUUGGUGCUGAAUGGGCAGGAGGUGGGGAGAAGGCAGAACAGGUUUAAAAAGUUUGAGAAAGAUGGCUUCACAAUACUGUAUUGAACUCCCUGCAUAUAGUUCUUCCAAGAAGCAGGCAGAAGCAGAAAGAGAUUAAACCAAAGCCUUCUGAAAUCAUUUUCACACCCUUCUCUCCAUAUAUGCAGAGUUGUGGGAAUUGUCACACACGACAAUCUAUACAUAGGUUGAAUGUCAAUCUAUACAUAGGUUGAAUGACAAUCUAUACAUAGGUUGAAUUUCUUACAUGGAUGUGCCUGAAACUUUGUCAUGAGAAGCAGCAAGUCUAUCAGUGAUUCACAGGGACCCUUUGGCUUUCUAUACUUUAUCUAGCUGCAACCUUCCGCCUUUGCUAGAAAGACAGGGCAAUUUUUCAGCACACAAUCGAUGAGUUUCCUUUCCAAACAGGUUUUUGAUCUCUGUGCUGCACUGAACAAUCAUGCUGAAGUAAAUAAAUGACUGAUACAAUUAUCUAGUCAGGGGGAAGGUAUGCUGAUUAAACCAAAAGCAUUAAUUUGAUCUACAACCUCAUGCUGUUUGAGAAACACUGCAAUCCUAAACAGACAAAAGUCCCAUUUCACUCAAAAGAGCUUACUCUCCCCAAGAACUGUAUUUAGAACUGCAGGUUUAUCCACAUAUAAGCAUGUAUAGACUGCAACCUUAUGCUGCAGUGCUAUUGCCCAAUUACUGAGGAGUAAGUCCCAUUGACCCUGCCAACCUAGCAGUUCGAAAGCACGAAGUGUAAGUAGAAAAUAGGUACCACUCUGGUGGGAAGGUAAAUGGCGUUUCCGUGCACUGCUCUGGUUCGCCAGAAGCGGCUUAGUCAUGCUGGCCCCAUGACCAGGAAGCUGUACGCUGGCUCCCUUGGCCAGUAAAGUGAGAUGAGCACUGCAGCCCCAGAGUCGUCCGCGACAGGACCUAACAGUCAGGGGUCCCUUUACCUUUAAGCCCCAUUGAAUUCAGUAGGAUUUGCUUCUGAGUAGACAUGUGUUAUCAGUGCCAAAUCCACAACACUGGAGAUGUUUACAGCUACCCAUAAUAAGCUGAGGUAAUAACAGUGUUAAACUUUAUUGGGUUAUAACUUAAGUUUCUAUUAUCACUACCAAACCUUUAUCUGAAGUUUAUAUUAUAGUAAACUGUGUCCAUGUUUAAAAAAAAACUGUUUUUACAUAAUGCAGGUGCAACCAUGUCAUUGGUUUUGGAGAGUCAUUGGGCUUAUAUAUACUUCUCUAAUACUCAGGAUAGGCUCCAAUGGGAAGAAAUAAUAAUUAUUUUAAAAUAACUCCCUUUUUUAUUUUAUUAAAUAGCUCAACACAGCAGAUGCUUCAAGUGGUUCCCCCAAAUUCAGCUUAUACUGGCUUCUCCAGUCAGUGGCAGAGGAACUGUCUCCGGCAUCUGGGGUGGGACAAUGUGGGGUGGGGAGAAGGGCAGGCGGUGCAUGUGCGGCAGCUGUACGGUCGCCUUGCGAGCAGCAGCCCGUAUGGACGCCUGUAUGAAUGGCACACGUGGGGGGCAGCCUGUACAGACACCGCCUGAGCGGCAUCCAUGCUGACUGCGCGCACCCCCUAGGCCGCUCUAGAGCUGGGGGGGGCAGCGUGCCAUCUUGUCACCCCCCCAGAGUGGUACUAGGGGUGACCCGCCCCCUUCAUACGCCCCUGUCUCCAGUCUAUUACAGUUAUACCUCAGGUUACAGACGCUUCAGGUUGCGCGUUUUCGGGUUGUGCACCACGCCGAAUCUGGAAGUACCGGAACAGGUCACUUCUGGGUUUUGGCGCUUGCGCUGAAGCGCUAAAUCGCGCUUUGCGCAUGCGCAGAAGCGCUGAAUCUCAACCUGCGCGUACGAAGAUGCGGUGCUGCGGGUUGCGAACGUGCCUCCUGCAUGGAUCAUGUUCACAACCCGAGCAUCCACUGUAUUCAACCCCCUGAAUAGAAUCCCUCACAACAGCACGAAAACAGGUGUUUUCUCAAGCACACCUGAUGCAACUAAUCAAUAUUUUUUGAGGGGAGGUGAAGGGACCUCAGCCCUUAGGAGUUGGCUCCCAUACAUGGAAAAUCUGACCCAAGGAAAUGCAGCUGUCAGGAUGAAAAAUGACCCCCCACGAUUUAUGGCAUGCCUUUCUCUGGUGUCAUUACAGAUAAGGAGUGAGCUGUACAUACUAACAAGCAAAGGGGAAAUGGCUGCUGAGCUGAGUUGUGAGGCCUGAGGAGGUGAUGAUGAUGGUGCCUCUCCAGCUGCUGUGAUUGGCUGUGGAUGCCCUGUGAUGUCACAAAAGCACAUGGCAACUCAGUAGAUACACAGAAGUAGCCCAAGGGGAAAGCCAAGGCGAAAGCUUGAAGAGGACACAGUGGACAACAGCUGUGUUAUUCAGUACUUGGUGGUCUCCUUCCACAUGGAGGCAAAGUGGCAAAUGGAAGGAGGCCAUCAUCCGUUAAUGAGAUGCUGUGGAGCAACGAGAAGGCAAGUGUACCUGCUGAGCAGGACCGUGGCUUGAAAGCGGCACAUAUCCAUGGUUGGAAGCUGGCGAUGGACCUGGCAGAAGCUGGUAGGUGUUGGUGGGUGGAAGCUGUGAUUAGCAUGUGGAUGCCCGGGAUGCCGCAGGGCUGAAGGAGGCUGAAGUUUGUGUAUGUAAGCUGGUUGAAAUUCACCUUCAGAAGGCUGUUGACAAAAGCUGUGUGGAUAUUUGUGGAUUGAUGCUGGUGUAAGUAUGAAUGGAGAGUGGACAUAGGUCACCCACCAGAUGCAGUAUGCUUAGGAAUUGCAUGUUCAGAUAGGCUGCCCUCCAGACUCUGGGUGAAUGAACCAUUGGAUAUUCAUGGGUGGAAGCCAGCGGAGAUGAUACUGUUGAAUGAGGGCCAUUCCCCUCACCGUAUCUGUGUUUGCCUUUCAUGGAUGUCAGAAGCCGAUGAGGCUUUCCCCGAAAGCAGCAAUGAAGGGGACAGCAGAGCUUAAGCAAGCCAUCUUCUACUUCUAAAUCAAUGUAUUUCUAAAUACAUCUAAGUAAUGUUCAUUACAUUCCCCUUUCCAGUACCAGGAUGGGAGGCUGUGCCGAUGCAUCCCCAGCAGUUGCCACUGGCUACAAACUUCCUGUGAUGUCACAAAUGGACAGGGUGGCUGAGGGGGAAAAAGGCAGUUACUAGUGGGAGGUGGUUGGAAGAAGGGAGAAACCCCAGUAGAAGGUUCAGGGGAAGUUGGGGUAGGCAGGCAGGGCCAGCUGGAUAUGCAGAAGUUGAAUAUGGGCUGACUCCCUUCCAUCUAAUUGCAUUGCCAACGUUUUGUUCUCUCAGGCUCAUGUACCUGUCUCGCCUAGACUGCUUGGCAGAGCCCCAGCCCUUUAACGGUUCCUGCAUUUCUGCAGAGAGCCAAAAACUGUGGGAAAUAAUAAUAAAAGCAACCCUGCCUAGCAUCCCCGCGCCCACUGGACCAAAUAAGUCCCAUUUGUUGAAUAUGAUAAGGAAAGAUGAGGAAGUUAAAGGCAUAGUAGUUGGAACUAAACAAUAUAAGUUAAAAGCCUUUGAUGAUGAUUUGGUAUUGACUUAACAGGAGACCAGUGCAACCAAAGCACUGAAGAUAAUUCAAGAGUUCGGACAAGUUGCAGGUGUCAAAUUGAAUAAGAAUAAAACCAAAGUUUUAGAAAAAAAAUUAACGAUACCUGAAAAACUUAAUUUAGAGGAAACCACAGGGCUGAAGUUUGUGAAAAAGGUGAAAUAUCUGGGUGUAAAUAUGACUGCAAAAAAAUUGAAUUAGUACAAAGAUAACUAUGAAAAAUUAUGGAAAGAUAUCAAGAGAGAUUUGGAUAUCUGGACAAGGUUGAAACUAUCUUUGUUGGGCCGAAUUUCUGAUAUAAAGAUGAAUGUAUUGCCUAAGUUGUUAUUUUUGUUCCAAGUACUUCCUAUCAUUGAUAAGUUGAAUUGUUUUAAGGAAUGGCAAAAGGUAUUAUCUAAAUUUAUCCGGCAGGAGAAAAAACCCAGAAUUAAGUUUAAAUUAUUAGCAGAUGUGAAAGAGAGAGGGUGUUUCUCCCUGCCAGAUUUAAGGAUCUGUUUUGAAGCUGCAGCCUUUUGCUGGUUGAAAGAAUGGUUUUUAUUGGAAGAUACAGAUGUUCUAGAUUUGGAAGGGUUUGAUAAUGUAUUUGGUUGGCAUGCAUAUUUAUGGUAUGACAAGAUAAAAGCUCACAAACAAUUUAAAAAUCAUAUAAUUAGAAAAUCUUUGUACAAUGUUUGGAUAAGAUACAGGGAUUUGUUAGAAAGGAAAACACCCAGGUGGAUAUCACCAUUGGAAGCUAAGACCUAUAAAAGGUUGAAUAUGAAAGAUACGUGGUUGAAGUAUAAUGAUAUUUUGAUGGAAGUAGGGGACCAAUUUAGAUUAAAACCUUAUGAUCAGUUGAAAGAUAAAUUAGAUGAUUGAUUCUAGUACAUCCAGAUAAACGAGGUGUUUAAAAUGGAUAAGAAAAUCGGUUUUCAAACAGAGAAAUCUAAACUGGAAACGGAAUUACCAGAUACAAAAACAAAAACCUAUCUAAGAUGUAUAAUUUAUUGCUGGAAUGGCAUAUGAAAGACGAACAAGUGAAAUCUGUAAUGAUUGAAUGGGCCAGGGAUGUGGGGCACAAGAUCAUGAUGGUGGAUUGGGAGAAAUUGUGGAAAAAGGGAAUCAAAUUUACAGCUUGUAAUGUAUUAAGAGAAAAUUUGAUGAAAAUUAUGUACAGAUGGUAUUUAACACCAGUGAAGUUAGCAAAAAUGUAUCAUACUCAUGAUAAUAAAUGCUGGAAAUGUAGAGAAAAAGAAGGAACCUUUUACCACAUGUGGUGGACGUGCCCCAAGGUAAAAGACUUCUGGGAAAGGAUUUAUAAUGAAUUGAAAAAAGUGUUGAAAAACACAUUUAUUAAAAAACCAGAAGCCUUUUUACUUGGUAUAGUGGGGGUGAAAUCCCCAAAAAGGAUGUUACUUUGUUCUGUAUGCCACAACAGCUAAGGGAACGGCUAAGGGACCUGGGCAUGUUUAGCCUGGAGAAGAGGAGGUUAAGGGGUGAUAUGAUAGCCAUGUUCAAAUAUAUAAAAGGAUGUCACAUAGAGGAGGGAGAAAGGUUGUUUUCUGCUGCUCCAGAGAAGCGGACACGGAGCAAUGGAUCCAAACUACAAGAAAGAAGAUUCCACCUAAACAUUAGGAAGAACUUCCUGACAGUAAGAGCUGUUCGACAGUGGAAUUUGCUGCCAAGGAGUGUGGUGGAGUCUCCUUCUUUGGAGGUCUUUAAGCAGAGUCUUGACAACCAUAUGUCAGGAGUGCUCUGAUGGUGUUUCCUGCUUGGCAGGGGUUGGACUCGAUGGCCCUUGUGGUCUCUUCCAACUCUAUGAUUCUAUGAUUCUAUUCUAUGAUUCUAACAGCUGUGAGAAUAUUGUUAGCAAAGAAUUGGAAGAAACAAGAUUUACCAACUAUCGAAGAAUGGCAGAUGAAGAUGAUGGAUUAUAUGGAACUUGCCGAACUGACCGGGAGACUCCGAGACCAGAGAGAAGAGACAGUGGAAGAAGAUUGGAAGAAGUUUAAGGAAUAUUUGAAAAAAUAUGUUAAUAUUUAAACCUUAGAAUAGCUUUGGAAGUGGAUAUACGCUGUAGGGUUAGAAGAAGAAGAUAAGGUAUUUUAAAAUAGUAUUACAGUGGUGCCUCGCAAGACGAAAUUAAUUCGUUUCGCGAGUUUUGUCGUCUUGCGAUUUUUUUCGUCUUGCGAAGCACGGUGUCGGGAAAGUUUUGGAAAAGCUUCAAAAAUCACCAAAGUCUUUAAAAACCUCAAAAAAGGCUACCACACCGCAUUCUAUGAGUUGCUCCUCGAAGUCAAGUCGCAACUGUAUUAAUGGUGUUAAGAAAAAGGAAACAAACUUGCAAGACGUUUCCGUCUUGCGAAGCAAGCCCAUAGGGAAAAUCGUCUUGCGAAGCAGCUCAAAAAACAAAAAACCCUUUCGUCUAGCGAGUUUUUUGUCUUGCGAGGCAUUCAUCUUGCGAGGUAUUUAUAAGUGAUAAAAUGUGAAGUUAUUUUAAGUGUGAUUAAAAAAAGAAAGAAAGAUGGUUAGAAAUUAUGUUAUAUGUAAACUGCUAAAGAUGAAGUAAAAUGAAAAUCAGAUAGGUGGGACUUGGGGAAGCCCACUUAACAAUGUUUAGAAAAAUAAGGAUAUGACAAGAAUUUUUCGUAUUGUUUGUCUUUACUGUCUGUGUUUUUUAUUUGUGUUAUAAAAUGAAUAAAAAAAUUUGAAGGGGGAAAAAGUCCCAUUUGACCUCCUCAGAUAUUGUGUCCCACUGAUGGAUUUGCUGCAAACUGGCUGCAGUAUUUGUAUGUAAUGUAACGUUUGCAAUGGAGAGUUUAUUUCUCUGGCCAUCCGAUUCCCUUAAUUAUUUCCCAAAAUUUCCUGCACUAUCCUCAGCAUGUUCAAAUUUAAAAUGAUUUAAAUCAGGACUGAUUAAUUAUAUUUAUUCUAUUCUGUCAAACAAACAACCAGGAGCAAUGACUGACAUCAACAUUGAGCAUGCUCUAGUCCAGGCUUCCUCAACCUUGGCCCUCCAGAUGUUUUGAGACUACAAUUCCCAUCAUCCCUGACCACUGGUCCUGCUAGCUAGGGAGUUGUAGGCCAAAAACAUCUGGAGGGCCAAGGUUAAAGAAGCCUGCUCUGGUCUAUGACUCUUGCAAUUUUUCUCCAGGUUGCUACUGGCAAAUACUUAGCUAUAUAUUUAUAUAAUUGUUUAUACAGUGGUACCUCGGGUUACGUACGCUUCAGGUUACAUACGCUUCAGGUUACAGACUCCGCUAACCCAGAAAUAGUGCUUCAGGUUAAGAACUUUGCUUCAGGAUGAGAACAGAAAUCGUGCUCCGGCGGCGCGGCAGCAGCAGGAGGCCCCAUUAGCUAAAGUGGUACCUCAGGUUAAGAACAGUUUCAGGUUAAGAACGGACCUCCAGAACGAAUUAAGUACUUAACCCUAGGUACCACUGUAUAUAUAUUGCAUUUCUAGUUUGUAAAUUGAUUUCCAGUCUUGUUUUCGUGUGUGAGUGAGGUGGGUGGGUGUUUUGGAUCAGGUUAGCCAUAUUAAUUUGUAUGCUGUUGGUGGAUUAUUGUCAUUGUCCUGUUGGGCUGUGUAUGUGAUAAAGGGGAGCCAUACCGGGGUGAAGGCGUCUUCUUCUGUUUGUCCCCGUGUCAGUUUCAGUUUAUUAGUUAAUUUUUCUAGUAGGGCUGUUUCCCAUACUAUUUGGUACCAUUGGUCCAUGCUUACUCCUGACAGGUCUCUCCAGUGUCUGGUUAUGGUGUUUCUGGCUGCUGAGAGCAGGUGGGUUAUGAGUUCUUUGUGGUGUAAAUGGGCAUUGUUGUCUUGGAAGAUGUUUAGUAGGGCCAAUUCUGGGGUGAUGUCUAUUACUUGCUUAGUUAUUUUACAUAUUUCUUGUAUGGCUGUUGUCCAGAAUAGUUGGAUUUUGGGACACUCCCACCACAUGUGGAGGUAUGUGCCUGUGGAGGUGCACCCUCUCCAGCAUUUUGGUGAGGUUCCUGGGUGUAUUAGCACUAGUUUCCUUGGUGUUAGGUAUCACCUGUAGGUGAGUUUCAGUGUGAGUUCUUUUCUUUUCGUUGAUAUGGACUUAAAGGGGGGUUUAGACCACAUUCUGGUCCAUUGAGUACCAACCCUAAUCUUCUACAGUAGGGAGGGGAGGGAGAGAGAAACAGGAGGAAGGAAGGAUAGAAACAAGAUGAAGGGAAAACUUUCCUCAUCUUUCUGAUUCCUUCCCAACUCAUCCAUCCACCUCUUACUAGUUAUGGAAAAGUAGCAUGGGCGGGGGGGGGGGGACUUGAAACCACCCAGAGCUCUACCUGAGGUCAAAGCAGAGUUUCCAGUGUCAACAUUGGAGCCUAAGUGUUGAUGCCCUGUAUUGGUCGGCUCUGUCCUCAUUUUUGUUAUCUGUUGUGUGUAACUCCUAGUGGGAUUCUGCACAUGUGCAGAGAAAGCAGACAAGUUAUUAUUGCGGUAGAAUUUCUGAAAAACUCAGCUCUCUUAUCCCUUUUAAAGCAAGGUUCUAAGCCCUUAAAACGGUAAAGAUAAACCUAGAGAUUUGGAGGCACUCUACAAAAUCUCUGAUGUCAGGGCUGAGGCUUCAGUGCCCUGCUAAGGAUCCUUGCUACUACCAAAGCAGAACAAAUUAGUCAAUUUGUGUAACUACAUAUUUUGUAGUAUGUUUAGUAUGUGUUCGUGACAUGUAAGGAAUUGGUAAGUAUGCGUUUAUGUUGUAGAAAGCAAUAUUCUGUUCUUAAGCGAAGGUUUGAGCUAGAUCCAGAACAGGAAAUCAAGUCAAGCUGAGGGAUUGUGCACCAAAAUUUGUUGGAAGAGCGAUGUGCUUUCUCAAGAAAAACAUACUGUACCACAAAUGCAUACAAAACAUCAAGUUGGUUGAUAAGCAGACUAUGUUUCGUCACCAUGCAACCCCCAAACCUCAAAAUCAAGAGACAGAAUAUGCUUAUCUCAAAUCUAAUGAAUGAAAGACCAGUGACAAAAAAUGCUACUUGUUUAUUCAUUGAGUUCCUCAUGUAUCUAGCAAUCCGCAUAACAGAAUGACUCAGAGAGUCUCUUUUGUGUCUUUUCCAGCACCUAUGUUAAUUACCAACCUAGCUGACUCAGCGCUAUCCUUGCCUCUGAACACUUAGUAAUCUCUGUGUGUGAACUGCAUAGCAGAUUGAGUCCUUGUGUAGGCACUGCUGCAAUAAACAUUUUUAUUAUUAAUAAUUAUGAUAAUGAAAAGUGUUCUCUAUCAAUAAUGUUUCACUGACCAAACUGUUCAAAUCCUACAAGGUUCUGUCUACUGAUUUUAAAGCACUGCACUUCUGAUUUCAAAUGGAUUUGCUUUAUUUUCCAUUUCAAAGAGUUUUACAAUCCUUAUUUUGUCCACCUGCACAGCAGAGUUGGGCAUUAAUAUUUUACAUUCCUAGAUCUUAUACAGAUUUGUUCAAAGUGACCUUGUAAGACCAAGUCUGUGCAAGGAUCUGAACACAAGCCAAUACUAUAUUUUGUUUUCUAUACUACAUGGGAUCUCAGUAAUAAUUUAGGUAAGACCCUCAUCAUCCAAUCUGUUAUGUGAUAACCAAGUGAUGUUCUUCCUCACAAAUUUCUUCCAGCACUCUUAAGCUUUUCCAUACCAAUAACAUUUUCAGAAUAAUGAUUAUAUGCUACGAUUGAAAUGACCCCCCCCCCCCCGGUAGUCCAAUUUUAGCAUUUGUUCUAUGCCUCAAAAUGCUUACAGGUAGCUCUGUGACAGGCAGAUUCUUAUGUCUCAGCAAUCAAAUCUCUAGUUAUUCCCAAGAAAAGUUAAGGAACUAGCUGCAGUAUAAGGGUUCAGGGCCAGGAGCCCAGUAAGGGUGCAUAUAUUAUUAUUUUCAUAACUAGAACCAGAAAGGCCUAACUACAAAUCCCUCCAUAGCUGUGAAAACUCAGGAUGGAUUUAAGCUAUUUGAUAGGAUGUUGCAGGGAAGUCUUAAACUGGGUCAGACCUUUUCAAAACAGACCUUGCAAAAAGAAAAAGAAAAACCCAGAGUUAGGGUUAGAAUAGACACUGGUUCUGUUGCAUUGCUGAAUUACCACUUUAACUGAAGCUAGAGCAACUACAGCUAUUUUGAAAUGAUUCCAGGUUUGCAGUUUAUAAAGAAAUAUGAUGAAUCAGAGCAAAAAUACGAUUUAGGUGGACUCCUUAUGCAUUUCCUGGAAAUGCAAGGCUGUUGCCAAUUUGUUUUCACUUCUUCAACCAGAAAGCAAUCAGUUUUGUUAUCCUGUGCAUGUGUGUUUUGAGUCAGGUACACAAUAAAGUUAUGAUUCUUUGCUUCUCUCUUUCCUAUAUAUUUGCAGAAACAAUACAGUAUGAGCAAGUACCAAUAUUGUGUCCAAACCAAUUUCUCUUUACAUGGUUUCUACCUAUGAGCAUAAUUUCUCCCUUUGCAUUUUGGCUUCCCUCCCACCCACCACUGGUUUUUUUUGCUCAGGUUCUGAAAACAAUUGUGAUAUUUUAACAGUGGAAGUGCUUGUCUCUUUAAGUGUCUUCGAUAAUCGCAAGGAUCACUUUAACUUUGGAAGUGACCCCUUGCAUCUGCACUCCUUUCAUCUUAUAGACAAGAACACUUGGGGAUGGACUAUUUCCUGGUGGGGAGGGGUGGAGCCGAGAUCCUUUCACACAAGUCGAUCACUCCAAUUGGUUCACUCCAGAUUUGAAACCAGUUCUAGUCUGAAUGUGGGACACAGGCUCACAGCUGAGAAAGGGGAGCUCGCUACGCUUCCUGCUCCAGGAUUUAAAUGUCCAGGAAACAGCUUUGCAGAGAGAGGAGGAAGGAGCAGGAGCUGCUUAGGACGGGUUGGGGUCAACACCAGGGCUUUGCCCAACAAGCAAAGGUGAGUUGGAGGGAACUUCCGAAGUCUGCAAACCGGUUUCUGGAGAGAACGCUAAACCCCUCCAAAAGACUCCGCUGAAUUCCAGUAAAGUAGGCCAGUGCAAACUCAAACUCAAGGAAGGCUUGAGCACCAGCCAGGUUAUACAAUGAGGGCUGCAAACCUAGGGAAAUAUCCUGCAACCUUAGGAAGCAGGUCCCAGGAACUCGGCAAGGCUGAGUAAACAUGCACAGAGUUGCGCUGCGCGUUAUUACCUCCCCUUUCUAUAUGCAGCUGCUUAAUUCAGAGUCUCCUCCAUUUGCUCCACGUCUUUGGUUUGCUGAUCCAAAUAUCCACCCCCGCGCACUCCCUCUUUCAACUUCUCUCUCCAAGGAUAGUCUUUUGUUAACGGAGGAUCUCCUGAGGCAACUUUUGGCUGCCCUCUGCUAGGUCCCGCCCCACAAACCUCCCAUUAUCUCUUCAGCAGACCAGGGAAUCCGUCUUGGGGUUAACCCCUGGGCAAUUUUCUUUAGGUUUUUGUUUUUUUAGAAAACCCUGUUCUUGUUUGAAGGAUCAUGUUUUUCCUUCCCUUCCCCCACCCCCUUUUUAUUGCUGCCCUUAUGUAUCUUGAACUGGGUAACCCGCUCAUCAAGCUCAUUCCCAAGUUUAUUCCUGUGCGUCCACCAUCUUUGGAAAGAUGGCUUCUCCGCGGUACUUUAGGACGAGCGAGACCGGCCGGCAGAGGGGGCACAGCGCUUAGUUCUUUGGCUGGGCUUCACUCAUGACCUCCUUUAAGAUUGUCCUUGGACUGGAAGGAAACAUGGAGUUUUCCAAGGCCCUGGCUGGCCGCGAUCUGACUUCUCUGCUGUUGAUGAAGAUCUGGUGGGAUCCAGCAAGAAUAACUCUUAACACCUGCGCUAUACUUUUUUGGGUUCCAACUUAGAAUGCUUGCGUGCAUUCAGAGAAACGUUGGGACUCGAAAUGUUUUCUCUUUUUCUCUUAAUUCAUUAUACUGUUUUGUACUGUCUCUUCACCUCUCAUGCCAGAUCAGCAGAUGAGCUGCCAUACCCCCCCCCCAAUUUUUUUAAUGCUACAAGCUUAACCAUGGCUACUCAAAACUUAGUCCUAUUGACUUAAGUAGGGCUUACUCCCAGGUAAAUGGGGUUAGGAUUGCUGUCUUAGUCCCACAGAAUUGGAUGGGACUCCUGAGCAAGCACAUCCUGAUGUGGCUGUAUGGGAUAAAGUAAUUUUGGGGAAAAUAUAAAGAGGGGUUGUUGUGGCAGUAGGUUCCAUUGGCACAGUUCUGUUUUGUCUUUUAUGUGAGUUAGCAAAAGUGAGUUAUAUAAACUGGUGGGUUGAAGAAAAGUAAGGGGUAAACUAAAUCAACUUUCUCAGUUCACACUUCUAAUGAAUAAAACAUAGUCCUCGAAGAUGCUGCAGGCAUUGCCUUUUUGCUGUGAAAGAUUUAGCAUGGCUAUUCUGCAAUACCAUGACCAGGUCAAAAAGUAAUGUCAGCAAUAGUGCUCAAGUAUUCCGAAAUGUACUUAUUUUUAGCUUUGGAUGCUACCCCGUAACAUGAAGUUUUCUUGGCAGCUGACAAUAAAAAAGUAAAAAGUAAAGUGAACACGGGAUAAAGCAUAAAGCCGAAACUAAAAAUCUCAAAAUUGUGAUAUCUCCUCUCCAAAAAAUAAAAUAAAAAAUAUACAUUAAAAAACUAAAAGGCCCAGACAAUGGAAAUUAUUUUAAAGGCCUGAAAUAUUAUAUAUUAUAUAUUAUAAUAUAUAAAUAUUAUAAUAUAAUAUGAAAGUAGGAAGGUGUUCACCUGUAUUAGCUGGAAAUGGUACCAUUUCCAUAGAAGGGAGGAAGGAAAGAAUGUGAAAUUGAGACUAAUACUAUAGUUUCAGGUUUCAUUCUUGGAUAUGUUCAACAUUAAACCAAAAAAAGCACUUUUAAGUAUAUUCAUUGUGUUUUCUAUAUCUUCUAUAUUUAAGAAAGUGUCGAGUAUCUGACAACAAAUUAAAAUAUUUGGUUAGUUCACUGGUCAAGUAUCAGCAUGAAAACUGCUGUUAAGUAGUUAUAUAAAUAAAUAAAUAAAUAAAUAAAGCCUUAAUGUUAGGUGAGGUGUUUAUAUAUGUGGGAUGAUUGACAAAACAGCUCUUCUCUUUCACUUUUAUCCUAGGACAUCAGUGUAGGCUUUCAAUUACAAAACUAUUUUUUAAAGGCCAGCUAGCAGCCACUAUUCAAAACCAAAUGUUUUUUUAAAAGGCAUUUUUGCAAAGUAGGCCGCAGACCAAUCCUCCAGGCAUCAUGAGCUGCAGUCAAAUAAUGAUGUUCAGCUGAUAAUAUUUGACCAGUUUGAUUGGCAGGCCAGCCCUACCUCAUGACAACUACAGCAAUAUUAUUAGCAUGGGUGAAAUGGUAAUUUGGGGUGUUUUUUAGGCAAAGGGAUUUAUACUUUUAGCACAUAUACCUACUGCAGAGGCUGUUAUAAAUGGCUAGAUUGUUCAGUGCAUAAAAGAACUAGUCAGCUGACUUGAUAUAGGCAUGCUUUUGAGAAAUAAUGAAGGGUAGUUGGAAAUACAAAAGGGUAGAGAAGGAUAUACAGCCAUCCGAAAUAGCACCCCUGGCUAGAUCCCUGGGGUUAAAACACUGCAAUAUAUUUGAGUGCCAUCUUUUCCUAAGAGAGAGAGAUGUUUGAUUCACUGCUAUUGGCACUUGAAAUGCCUUUUAGGGAGGAGGGGGGCCUGAUAAAUGAAUAAGACAUCCACCACAAACAGAAUUGGAUGUUGCAGUGUGAGCAGCUACCUAUAGAAGUGUGUGUGCCUUGUGCUGCCAGUCGUGCUUGCUGCUUAAUGUCUGAAGGGUCGAUUGUAUAUUACACACUUGACAGGGGAGUCGAGCAUUGUUGCAUCCUGCUUCUUGGGCUGCUGCAUUCACCACUCUUACCAAGUUACUGUAAUAAUGAACUUUUAAAAGAACCUUAGGAUUUGUAUAGCCUUCUGUGACUAUGCUUCAAUUCAGACUUCGUCCACCUCGGCCCUCCAGAUGAUUUGAGACUACUGUUCCCAUCAUCCCUGACCACUGGUCCUGCUAGCUAGGGAUCAUGGGAGUUGUAGGCCAAAAACAUCUGGAGGGCUGAGGUGGAGGAAGCCUGCUUUAAUUAAUGCCCCCAAGAGAUUGAGGAAGAAUAGAGAAGCUUUAAAUUACCCUCAAAGUGGGCCUGCGUGGAAACAGAGUAAUGUCUCUCUGUACUGGGAAGAACUGGGUAAAAUUUACAGAUAUCCAGGAUUUUGGAUAAUAUGGGAGGCUAUACUGUCAACUAUGAGUUUGAACUGAUGUGACCCUAAAAAACAUGGCAGUAUUGUGACAUGAAGCUGUAAAUAGGUCCUAGAGCUAGGGCAGGCAAACAUAAGGCCCAGGGGCCAGAUCCGGCCCAAUCGCCUUCUAAAUCCGGCCUGUGGACUGUUUGGGAAUCAAUGUGUUUUACAUGAGUAGAAUGUGUGCUUUUAUUUAAAAUGCAUCUCUGGGUUAUUUGUGGGGCAUAGGAAUUUGUUCAUCCCCCCCCCCAUAUAGUCCGGCCCCCCACAAGGUCUGAGGGACAGUGGACCUGUCCCCUGCUGAAAAAGUUUGCUGACCCCUGUUCUAGGGUUCCCUGUGUCUUUUGUCCUGGAGCUAUGAUGACAAACCUGUCGCCCUCCGGAGGUUACCGUUCCUUAACAUUGGCCAUACUGUCUGAGAACAUCUGGGGGGCUACAGGUUCCCCAUUACUGUCCUAGAAGCUUGCUGUAUGUUGCAUGUGACAAGACUUUUGUCCCCAAACCAGCCUCUGUGAAUAUAUAUUUUCCAGGACACCUUUGAGACCAUAUUCUGUUGCCGUCUGAAUGCAGAUUUUAGUGCUUCUCCUGGUAAAUAUAAAUAAAGGUUGUUACUGCCUAGCACUAGGUCCUGUUUCUCUUCAUUAUUUUCAGCAGAAGGAAAAAGGAUCUGCUAUGCAAAUAUUUUGAUCUUCUAUGCUGGGUGCUAGGGCCUAAGAAUAUCUGAGACGGAGGAGACUGGGAGUGUGAAAUAUAGCGCCAUAUGAAAAUAGGCUUCUGCAGCUUGUAAAAAGUCAGGAAUAUAGUAGUACAGUCUGAGGUUGUCUCUUGAAAGAAGGCUUGCUGUUCUAAACAGAUUAGCAGUUAAAAGGUGCAGUGAGUAAUUAAGUAACUAAAACACAAACUCAGAUUUGAAGGCAGCCCUGUAGGCACGGUGGAACAAAUGGGUGCACAGACCCCAGAGCUGUGCUCUCCCCCCCUCAAAAAAAAUGUUUUUGGAAAGUUUUCUUUUUAAUUUGUGACGUGACACACGAUGAAAGCCUUAAUAACCACAAUGCACCACAGGAGCAAUUAAAGAAUAGGACCCUCUAAAAAAAAUAAGGGAAUAAGGCAGGCGAGUUUGCAACAAAAACUUCAUAUGGAGGCUCCUGAAUAGCCUACUAACUAAAGACUUCCCCUGACUGUGGGUGGAUUUUUCAUGAUCACAGUCAUCCUAUAAUCACUUAAGUGAAACUGAAAAAACAGCCUAUAUGGUAAUUGUGGGCUACAUAUAGACUCCACCCAUUGUAUUUUUCUUUGCUCUGCUUUCCAGUAUGGGUUGUGUUCUCUACCCAGCCAGGCAUUUUUUGUUUGCCUGCAGUAUGAAUUAAGAGUGUGUUUAUUAUGCAGUUCAGGUGAAAUAAAGAGAAAACUUAAAAGUGAUCUGAAAAAAAUAUCCCAUGAGUUGCCCUUCACUCUUUUAAAGCAUUCAUUAUACUCACAGGCAUGGUAGCAACCUUUUAUUCUUUUUAUUGAGUACUUGGUGGCAAAGGAUGAUGAUUAUUUAAUAAAUUUGUAUAAAGGAUGAAAACAGCCCUAGAGGAAUAGAAACACUACUGUGCACACUACAAUAAGCUGGCUGGCUGGCUCAGGCAUAAUUUCUGAUUUUCCCAGUGUGUGCAGCUUAGCAAGAGGCCUUUUCAGGGUUUCUAGGCAGGGAAAAUCAAGCCAGUAAGCAGUUUUAAAAAACCAUUUGCUUUCCAUAAUUCCUGGACCAGUUAAAAAGUUUCCCCUUGAUUGCCCGACAGUAAGGAAAAUCUAAAGGUCAGGAACAAAACUAGAGGAGGGACUCUCAGGGAAACGUUGGCUUUAGAUCACUGGGGGCCAGAUUUUGGGACAAGACCUGAUUUCAUAGAAGCAUAGGAUACAGAAUUGUGGAGUGUAAGGGACCUUGAGGGUCAUCUAGUCCAACCCCCUGCAAUGCAGGAAUCCUGCCACAGCCAUCCUUGGGUGGGCUCGAACCACCAACCUCUUGGUUAACAGCCAGGUUCACUGACCCAUUUAUUUUUAACUAGAAUACAUAAGUCUCGGUAACCGAGGCCAAAUGUCAAAGAAAUUGCAUGGGGAAAUGCUGAAUGUGUGACAGUGUCAUUGUCUGAACUCUUCUGUGGUUUUCAGGAUGAUCCAGCGACACCAGCUGGUGCAGUCCGUGCUUCAGGAACUGCAAGAGGCGGCCGAAUGCUUUGGGCUGGAGGGACUCACCAGUGCAACCCUAGAAGCCGAGAGGACUUUGUCCUCGUUCUCCUUACCUGGCUACCGUGAGAGGCCGUUCCAGGAAGAGCUGGAAGUUGACCGGGUUGCCAAAAGCCUCUACCCAGAAGAUGCUCCCUGCAAUAUGCUGCCUUUGGUUUGCAAAGGCGAAGGGAAUCACCUGUUUGAGGCUGCCAGCGUGCUGCUGUGGGGGAACACCAGCCUAAGCCUGGAGCUGCAGGUGCGCACAGCGGUGGAGAUGUUGCUGCACAAACAGUAUUACCUGCACGGCAUGAUCGAUUCCAAAGUGAUGUUGCAGGCAGCUCGCUACUCCCUUUGCACGGAGGAAUCCCCUGAGAUGACUAACUUGCCCUUGGCCAUCCUAGAGGCCAUUUUUGAUGCGGACAUCAAAGCCACCUGCUUCCCUGGCACUUUUGCCAACAUGUGGCACAUGUAUGCCCUGGCGUCGGUGCUUCAGUGCAACAUCUAUUCCAUAUACCCAAUGAGCAACCUAAAAAUCCGGCCGUACUUCAACCGACUGAUCCGACCCAGAGGGUGCAGCUUGCAAGUUUCCACACUGCAUAUCAUGUGGUCAGGGCAGCAGCUCUCGUCCCAGCUAUUCAGAGCUCAGUACUUUGUGCCUGUGGUUGGCCUUGAGGAGCUGGAAGCCACAAGCCCAGCUCCAGAGCCUCCCGUGCAACCGGUGAAUACCUUGGAGCUGCUGCCUCAGGAUCCCCAGGUGACUCAUUCGAACCUAUGCAUCACCAAAAGUACUUUCUAUCGAUGGAAGCGCCAGUCUCAAGAGCAUAGGAAGAAGGUGGCUGCCAGAUUUGCGGCCAAACAGUUCCUGCAGUCCUGCUUCCGAGAGGGCAAGGUGGUCCCUCUUCAGCACUUCCGACAAAUGUUCCCAGAAAUCUCUCGUUCCACUUACUAUGCCUGGAAGCACGAGAUGCAAAACGCGACAAAUGGCAGGGCCUCUUCCCCUGCGGAAGUUGUGCUGCCAAAGGAUCCUCAGGUGCACAAACCGGAGAAUCUCCCUGCAGGCAAAUACGGUGUAACAAAGUCUGAAGGAGGCCUAGGGCCCAAAAGUCCGCUCUUGAAUUCCAACCAAAAUGGGACUUCCAUGCAAGGAGCCAAGUCUUACCUGGAGAGGUGCAUUUCCAUGAAUACUGUUCUGCCCUACAGGAGCUUCAAGUGCUGCUUUCCUGGCAUCUCCAGGUCCACCUACUACAACUGGAGAAGAAAGGCCAUCAACGAGAACCCCAGCUUCAUGCCUUCUCAGCCUGUUUCCCUCAACCAGAACCCCCUUAUGAACAAGAAGCCGUUCCUGCCAUUCAAGCCAGGGAGCCUCCCUAGUGAGAAGAUGCUCAAUGGACACCAUCCAGGGCCCCGUAUUACCAUGCGCAUCAACCCAUCUCUACACAUCUGGCAAAAGCACCUUCGCCACUUGGCCAAGAAACGCGUCUGUCAGUGGAAAAUUCCCUUCUGCAAGUUCCGCCUGCGCUACCCAAGCCUUUCUUCCACAGCCUAUUGGUUUUGGAGGAGAAGCGGCAGCCAAGAAACCAAGAAGCGUGGCCUUACCCUAAAUGGGCUUUCCGAAAACUUUGAAAAGAAAACCGCUGAGACUAGUGGGAAGGCAGAACUUGAACUGCGCCCACUGCAGCAAAAGGAGAGUGCUCUAGUGCUCGUAGACAAGCAGCCUCCCAAGCCCUACAGCGCCGUGAUACCAGGCUACCAAAUGGCAGAGAACAACAGCAUGUUUGUGAUGGAUGUGAUUGCCACGGCUCAGUUCAAAGCCCAGGCCAAGCUGUUUCUCCAGCAGCGCUUUGAGUCAAAGACCUUCCCAACGUACAAAGAGUUCAGAGCUCAUUUCCCCUUGACGGCACGUUCCACUUACUACAUGUGGAAACGUGCCUUGCACGAUGGACUGACGCUGGUGGAUGCCUGAGGCUAGUCACGACCCUUGCCAGUCUGCUAUUGGAAGUUGCUGUCAUCUCAUCAGUGGGAAAUGCAACCUCUCUCAAGUAGUUACUUUUGUCUUUUUUAUUUUCUUGGUUUCCAGAGUUGGAGACCAACUUUGCAAAGUCUCAGCCGCUGGAGGAGUGGAAAAAGGCAGGGAGGAUGAUGGGGAUGAGGUGCUGUUUUUUUUGUUGGGCUCCUGAGUUGCCCUUAAUGAAAUAUAUGCUUUUCUUCUUCUUAGUGAAUAGGACAGAUAAACUUGGUGGUGGUAGAGAAGGGGAGUCUCUGGGAUCUCUAAUGCUGCUGUAGGUGGACUGUGAAAUGUGCCUUAUUUCUUUAAUGUGAUUGUGAGCCACAAUCUUAAGGGCAGUGAAUUACGCCCAGGUCCAGAUGUGCACCCUGUUUUGUUCUUUAUUUAAAAAAAAAAAUCAGGAAAGGAAUACAAAGGAAACAAAAACCCUAGCAUCACCCUCCAGAGUCCUCAAAAAAGGUGGCAGUGACUGGCUCAAGGAUAGUAAUAUUGUACAGGCAUCAGAUGGCAAAUAAAACAAAUGCAUAUCAUGUGCUGACAGUGACAUAUACCAGGAAAACUGAGAAGAAGUACAAGGAGGAGUCUUCAGCAAGGCAGUGAAAACAGAUCAACAAACGAUAGACGAAUGUCUUGAAAGGUGUGCACUCUGUUAGUGAGCUGGAUUCAGCCGCUCCACUCCUAGGCAUAAUGCAUGUUCUAUGUUGUGCAGCAUAAAGCUGCAAAAUCUCCUGUCUGUUAAUGUGUGAUACAAGUGGAAGAAAUUCAUUAAAACCUCAAAAAUGGAAAUAAAAA